GUCUAGCCGUUUCUGGGUCUCGUAGCCCACGGUGUUCAUCCCCUCCCUUCUCCCUUUCCCCAUGGUGCGCGAUUCACAACCAAGUAUUUUUUUAACACAGGACAUGGUGUUCUGGAGAUCGUCGUUCGUUCGACUUCGAGACACCCAUCAUCUGUAAGCAUCAGCAGCUUCACAGGACCAGGAUUCAUUAGGAAGGUCGACCCGCGUGUUGCACCCCGAGAAUGACGCCAACACCGCCCCGCAGCGACUCGGUCCAUGUCCCCUCCCCCGGGAACGCUUUCUCCCCUUGUGGGGUCGACGUUCCACCCAUGCGCAGGCCGCAUCUCGAUUUCAUCUAUCGGAUUGUGUGCGAUAUGGACACUGGGAUUUCCGAGAUUCCGAAUGUUGAUAAUACCAGUGUCACGCGGGUUGUCCUCCCCAUCUGUGGAGGAUCUGUAAGAGGCCCGAGGAUUGAGGGCAAGAUUGUGGAGAGGAGUGGCGCCGACUGGCUAGAGCGCAUUCAUCCGGACAAGGUGUUUGCGAGAUUGAAUGCAAGAUACACUCUUCAAACAGAUGAUGGAGUCUUCAUUCUGGUCAGCGCACAUGGUAUCUACAACAUCGGUCCCGGCCAGCCCCAAACACGAUCUCCAGCUCGAACAGUGUCUCAGAACGAGGUAGAGUAUUUUACCCACAUCAGAUUCGAAGCUCCUGGUGGCAGCCCCUACGGUUGGAUGAAUACCAUUGUGGCAGUAGGGGCUAUGACCAUGUUCGAGGGAAAGCCUGUGAUUGAUUGCUACCGACUUACCAACUUCCCUAACAAACCGGCGGAAAGGCUCUGAGAAGGCAAAGGCAAGAGAAGGCAGGGAAAAGAAACAUGAUCUAUUUUUCAAGUCGUGCUUCAAAUUAUUGUCAAAGCGGGAUGAACUUGGCUGUAUAACAUGAUGUGCAGGUUCACUUAGGAGUCGAGAUUCAAGAGUCUGUCUUCGCACUUUGGAUAGGAAAGGAGUCAGUGUACAUUGUCACUGAUGGUAUAUCACAUUGCUGUGACAAAUUAUUCAAGCUAAUACGUUCUUGUUUACUAUCCUACCCUCUGCGUUAGGUUCAGAGACAACCUGGCAAACGAUCCAAGACCAAA